AAAAAAAAAGCAAAUCCACCAAUGCUCUAAAUGCAAAUGCUGUCUCAGAAGUCAAGAGUGAACCGGCAAGAAAACAUAGCUAAGAUGUCAGCUCCAGAUUAUUCAACAAACUGCACUAGAAUCAACGGGACAGUCUGCAACGAAAGCUGUUUCCUGGUGCCUGAAAACUACCACAUCACUGUUCUGCCUUGGCUUUAUCUCCUUCUGGCAAUCCUAGGCUUCCUGACCAAUGGAUUGGCUGCACUGGACCUCUGGCAGACAGAGAAGACACCCACUGUCAUCUUCACUUUAAACCUAGUGGUUUCGGACCUGAUGCUGUGCUGCAGCUUUCCCUUUAGAAUGGCUUACUACAUACACAAUUCCCAGUGGAAGGCUGGCACUGCAGUCUGCUCAGUGACUGAGUUUCUUAUGGUCUCUUGUUUCUAUAUCAAUAUUUACUGCAAUAUGAGUUUCUUGCUAUGGACCAGCAUCAACCGCUGUGUAACAGUAUUAAAGCUGCGCUGCAGUCUGUUCAAAGUCUUCAAGUGCCCACGUCUCUGUUGGCUCCUCUGCCUUGGCAACUGGAUAUUGGCAUUAACCUUUGUCAUUGGCUCUAUGGUAUAUAAAUCAGUCCUGAAAAACACAGGACAAGAACUGAAAUCCUGCUUUGAUCAGGUUAAUAAUAAAAUAACUGGUCGAAUAAAUGGACUCCACAGCUUAGGUGUGGGAAUCUUCUUCUGCAUGCUGGCCUUGAUGCUGGUCAGUUACGGGCUGCUGAUCUUCCAUUUGUACAAGGUAAAGCAAAAGAGUUUGGUGGGAUUUGGGAGUGGCCUGAGAGUGCGGAGGAAAAUCUUGGCCUCAGUGCUUUCGUUUGUGGUCUGCUUCCUGCCCUACCAUGUGCAGAGGAUCAGGAUGAUAGAUUCAGAAAACAAAGACUGUAAAAUGAAGCAGAAUGAAUUUUGUGCAAAGACACUGUUGAUACUUGUAGCAGCACUCAGCUGCUGUCUGCAUCCGCUGCUGUACCUGGUGCUGCAAUUGCCUUGUUGCAGAGCCAAACGCAACAUCAGAAAGCAACCUAAAUCAGAGAUAUCCAAGGACCACGUAUCCCAUGCAGAUACUGACCAAUAAUUCCAAAUAAAAUGG